AUGACGACUGUCAACUGUUCUGCGGCAGAACCUAUCGAAUCUGAGAACUCAAUUGUCAUUUCGGGUAUUGCGGGAAAAUAUCCAAGAUCGGACAAUGUCCAAGAGUUUGCCAACAACCUAUACAGCAAAAUUGAUCUUGUCGAUGACAAGGAAGAUCGAUGGCGCCAUACACACCCAGACAUACCGAAGCGUCUCGGGAAGCUGAACAAUCUCGAAAAGUUCGAUGCGGAUUUAUUCGGAUACAGUCCAAAGGAGGCGCAUACGAUGGAUCCGCAGCAUCGCCUACUACUGGAGCACUGUUAUCAGGCGGUACUGGAUGCGGGACUGCAUCUAGACGAUUUGCGAGGCACAAAAACGGGUGUCUAUAUUGGAUGUUCCAUGUCCGAGACGGAAACCUACUGGACGUACAAGAAAACUCGUAUGCCCUACAAAAAAGUAAUGCUGGGCUUUACGAGGAGUAUGUUAGCACUUAAAAUAGCGUAUGCGUUGGAUUUGAAGGGUCCGGCCAUGACGGUAGAUACGGCAUGCAGCAGCUCAAUGUACGCUCUCGAUUGGGCCUGUAAGGCCAUACGGCAGGGACAGUGUGAUGCUGCCAUUGUCGCCGGUACCAACCUUACGCUGCAUCCUUACAUCACCCUUCAGUUUGCGCUGCUCGGCGUGUUGGCGGCGGACGGAUACUGUCGGCCAUUCGACAAGAAUGCUUCCGGGUAUUCGCGCUCCGAGGCUAAUGCUGUAAUUCUGCUCCAAAAGGCUAAGGAUGCCAAGCGUAUCUAUGCGCACGUGGUCAACACCAAAACGAACUGCGAUGGUUAUAAGCUCGAGGGCAUUACCUUUCCUUCCAACAAGGUACAGAAACAGUUGCUGGAUGAGCUCUACUCCGAGGUUCCCUAUGACCCGAAGGACAUCAGCUAUGUGGAAGCGCACAGUACCGGUACCGUGGUUGGUGAUCCGGAAGAGUGUGACGCCAUUGAGAAGGUGUUUUGUCCCGACAGAAAUGGUCCACUACUUGUCGGAUCGGUUAAGUCUAACAUAGGGCACACGGAGCCAGCUGCUGGACUUUGCUCCAUUACAAAAUGUAUAAUCGCGUUCCAAAACAAACUCAUCCCCCCUAACAUCCACUACACGGAACCGCGGAAAGAUGUACCGGCGUUGUUGAACGGUAACCUAAAAGUGGUCGAUGAACUAACAUCGCUCGAUGGACCAUUGGUAGCUGUGAAUUCUUUCGGUUUUGGAGGUGCCAAUGCACAUGCACUACUGCAUGCUCACACCCAAAGGAAAGCGCCGAAUAAUCGACCGUUCGAUGAGCUUCCUCGGUUGGUGGUGUGGAGUGGACGAACGAUCGACGCAGUUGACCAGUUCCUGGAAGGUGUUGCCAAACACAAAUUUAAUCCCGAACUCUACGCCCUAACGCACAACAUUCAGCGGAAGGAGCUCGCUAAAAUGCACUACCGUGGGUACGCCAUAUUGGCUCGUCGUGAUGACGGUACCGCUGUUAUUAUGCAGAAGAGUGUUUCCAGAGCGCGAAAACUGCUGCCCAACUUUGCCAUCGUUUUUGGACAGAUGGAUUACGAUUGGCCAACGACUUUGCGUGCAUUCAAGAAAUUUCCACCAUUUCAAACCUCGGUAGAACAGUGCUUAAGUCUUUUGAAGGCACCCGAAUAUGAUUGUAUCUUUAGCAAGGAUCAACAUGCAACCAUUCUUCAGCGAGCCGUCUGGACACUGGUAAUACAAAUCAGUGUGUAUCAUUCACUGAAAGCUAUCGGUAUGGAGGUUCAUCAGUAUGGCGGAUAUUCCAUCGGGCAGAUAACGUGCGCGUACAUUGAUGGUGCACUUUCCCUUACGGACGCCAUACGGGUGGCAUUCACACAUGGAGUACUGCUCGGUUCGUACCGCAAUCCGGAGACGUUUAACUAUCGCGAUAUUAUCACGAACAAAGACUUGAACAGCAAGCUGGUCUCAGUGUUGCAAUCUUUCCGUUUCGCGAAACCGACCAACAAGUGGAAAACUGCGACUUCCGUCCUGUCCUUCCGCAUUUACGAUCCAAAAACCUCGGCACAAAUAUUCAAUAGAAUUGAUAGUGAUGCCAUAGUGCUGCAACCACUUCCAUCGAUUGAAACCACCGAUAACAUAAUGAAAAGUUUUCUAGCCACCAUUGGACGAGCAUUCGUCAAUGGACAAUACUGCCAGUUGUUAGAUCUUUACCCCGAGGUCAUCUUUCCGGUAUCGUUAGAAACACCCAUGCUCGGCCCUCUCAUCCGCUGGGAUCAUUCGGUCGAUUGGCAUGUGGCCAACUUCCAAACGAAAAAGAUGGUAGGGCAAGGCUCCAAUCAGUACACCGUCACACUUGCUGAGCAAGAGUACAUUGCCGGGCACUGCAUUGAUAGCAGGGUGUUGAUACCUGCAACAGAAUAUCUGUAUCUAGUGUGGGAUUCCUUCACUAGCAAAACGGGAACCAUCCCGAACGAAGUGGCUGUUGAAUUUACGGAGGUUGAAUUUCUGCGCGCGACUACCAUUGCGAGUGGCCAACUUAUAACACUUUUUGUCGAAAUCAACGACAUCAGUGGAUAUUUUGAAGUGACCGAAGGUUCGACACUCGUCGUUAAAGGCUACAUUCAACGAAUUAGCCAUUUUAAACACUCCACACUCCUUAGGCAAAAAAACACUCAGUCUGUAACGCUUCUAACCAAGGAUUUCUAUAAGGAGCUGCGGCUGCGUGGAUACCACUACGGAGGCUUCUUCAAGUCCGUAUUAGAGUCCGCUGCCGAUGGGUCUUAUGCUAAAAUUGAAUGGAAAGGCAACUGGACAGCACUUUUGGAUUGCAUGCUUCAGAUUGCGAUAAUAGCUGUGGAUUCUCGUUCGCUCGUGAUUCCUACACGCAUUGAGUCUAUCAAAGUUGAUCCCAUACAGCAGAAAACGUCAUUACAAACUGAUGGAAGUAGCGGCCCCUUCUAUAGCGUAUGCUUCGCUUCCGAUCUAAAUCUAUUGCAAAGCAGUGGUAUCGAAAUUCGUGGUCUUAAUGCGAGUACUAUCGCUCGACGUCUUCCACCAGGAAUUCCGGUACUAGAAAGUUACAAAUUUUAUCCAUAUUUCUCCCAAAAGACGAUACAAACCGCUCAAGCGGUUUCAACGAUUGUACAAAUGAUUCUCGAAAAUCAAGCCACAAUAUUUUUCACCGUUACGGAAGUUCACUCCAAAUCGAGGGACCCGAUCGUUUCCCUCUUCGAUGAAGCUAUCGGUAAUUUGCCCUUGGUGAAGGCUCACCUUACAUUGCUCUCCAGUGCUAAGCCGGAGCCCAUUCCUAGCGUCACCAUCUCGGAGGAUAAGCUCAUGAAGCAACGCAACAUACUAUUGCUCAUCUGCGAGAACCUUUUCAAUGAUGACGAGUUCAUCUCCGAUGCGAUCAACUCUCUAUCCGAUCAGGGCUUCAUAUUGCUUCGUGAGGCUCAAGGAUAUCGUCUACAGGAUAGCCAUCGACGACUUCAGCUUGUGAGCACCAUUCCGAUCGAAGGUGAAACAUUCCUGCUUCUGCAACAAAAGAAGUCCGCUAUGAAUACCUCCGUCGAUGCUCACGUUAUCCAGAUAUCAUCGAACGAUACGACCCAUAAUUGGUUGCUGGAGUUGAAGCAAGAAGUCAAAACCAAACCCGUCAUCCUCUACGCCCAGAAUGAUUCGUCCUCGGGUAUCAUCGGCCUUGUGAACUGCAUCCGCAAGGAACCUAACAUUCAAAGCGUGUCCUGCUUCUUCAUCGAUGACCCCAAUGCACCACCGUUCGAUGCUUCCAAUCCAUUCUACAAAGAUCAGAUCGAGCUUGGACUUGCGAUCAAUGUCUAUCGCCAUGGAGCAUGGGGAUCCUAUCGCCAUUUUAAGCUAUUGGAAGAACCACGUUAUGAGUCCACCACUAACCAUUGUUUCGCCAAUUGCAUUAAGCCUGGAGAUCUCUCUUCGUUCACGUGGAUGGUUGGACCGUUGAGUGAGCAACCACCGUCAAGCCCGUUGGUCAAAGUCGUUUACAGUUCUUUGAAUUUUAAAGAUGUUAUGCUAGCAACAGGAAGACUCACGGUGGAGACAACUUUUACUAGUCGAUUGCAACAAGAAUGCGUUCUAGGUUUCGAGUACUCUGGAGUCACUGCCACCGGCAAACGAGUUAUGGGAAUUAUUCCAGCUGGAUCCAUGGCUACAAUAAUUGAAGCUGAUUCUCUCUUCACUCUGAAUGUUCCUGAUGAGUGCACCCUGGAGCAGGCGGCUACUAUCCCUACGGUUUACGCUACGGUCUAUGCCGCCUUCUUCAUUUGCGCUCAUAUUCGCAAAGGAAACUCCAUUCUCAUACACGCCGGUACGGGAGGCAUAGGUCUAGCUGCGAUUCGAGUAUGUCUGGCUUACGGACUUGAAGUCUUUACCACUGUGAGCACCAAGGAAAAACGUGAAUUCCUCAUAAGCUACUUCCCCGAUCUUAACCCCAACAACAUCGGUAAUUCCAGAGACAUCUCCUUCGAAGCCCUCAUCAAGAAGCGUACCAAUGGGCGUGGUGUUGACUUCGUUCUCAACUCCCUCUCCGAGGAAAAGCUUCAGGCUUCCAUUCGCUGCCUGGCUAAGGGUGGACAUUUCCUAGAAAUUGGAAAGUAUGACAUGAUGAAGGACUCUAAACUGGCAAUGACACUCUUCCAAAAAGGACUCACCUUCACCGCCGUGCUCGUCGAUUUGAUGUUCCAGGAGAAACGAGAGCUCUUGCAGGCGUUACACAAACUCAUUGUGGAGGAUAUCUCCAAGGGCAUCAUACAGCCGCUUCCUACCACCGUUUUCCAGGCGCACGAGAUCGAACAAGCGUUCCGAUAUCUUGCUACGGCCAAGCACAUCGGAAAGGUUGUGCUCAAGAUUCGAGAUAACGAAGACGAUCUCGCAUCCGUCCCGUUAUCCUAUCUCCCGCGGGUGUACUGCAACCCCGAGCAAAGCUUUGUCAUUGCUGGAGGUCUUGGUGGAUUUGGACUUGAGCUGGCGGAUUGGCUUAUCAUUCGGGGCUGCCGUAAGCUGCUUCUUAGUUCCAGCAGAGGAAUCACCAAGCCCUAUCAGCAAUACCGUGUCAACACAUGGCACACGUACGGAGUGCAAGUUCUCGUCUCUACCGAAGACAUUUCCUCUGAGAAUGGCUGUCGCCGACUUCUCCAGCAAGCCAUCCGAAUGGGACCCAUCGCCGGCAUCUUCAAUCUGGCCGUACAGCUACGGGAUGCCAUCAUCGAAAACCAAUCGGUGGAUAAGUUUGCCGAGUGUCUGGCUCCUAAAGCCACCGCUACACAUCAUCUCGAUCUACUCAGCCGAGAGCUGUGUCCCAUGCUGAAGCAUUUUGUCGUUUUCUCCAGCGUAUCGUGUGGACGAGGAAACGCCGGGCAAUCUAACUACGGCAUGGCGAACUCCAUCAUGGAACGCAUCAUCGAACAUCGUGUCGCUCAAGGCCUGCCCGGAAAAGCCAUCCAGUGGGGAGCCAUCGGAGAGGUGGGAAUUGUUGCCGACAUGCAGGAAGAUAAAAUCGAUAUGGAGAUCGGUGGUACAUUGCAGCAACGGCUCUCCUCGUGCAUCCAAGUGCUCGAUCAGCUGCUGACCACUCCGGAACCUCUUGUGGCUAGUAUGGUUGUGGCCGAGAAGCGUAGCUCUAGCGGUGGCGCCAAGAACAUCGUCGAAGCCGUCAUGAACAUCAUGAACAUUCGCGAUAUGAAGUCCGUCUCCGUGGAGAGCACGCUCGCUGACAUCGGUAUGGACUCGCUCAUGGCCGUCGAAAUCCGACAGGUUCUGGAGCGAGAUUUUGAUAUCAUCUUGACGCCUCAAGACCUUCGCACGCUUACCUUCUCCAAGCUUCAGAAGCUCGCCGAUGCCAAGGCCGAGAACGAGGCUGCCGAAACCGCUACUCAACAGCUGCAGCUGGAGGAUUUGUUGGCAAGUUUCGGAGAUGAAGCCGCCAGUCAUCACACUGUCCUACGGCUGCCUUCCAAAUGUAACGACCUCGUGUUCGAUCGACCUGUUUUGCUCAUACCGGGAAUUGAGAGCGUAUGUAGUCCAGUCUGGACCAAGAUCGCUUCCGAGAUCAACGCUCCUACAUUUAUGCUCCAAACAUUCGCCAACGCAACCGACGAGCAGACCAUCCCCGGAAUCGUUGACGCCGUCUUUGACAAUAUGUUCGAGACUGUCUUCGCCAAAGCGGAACAGUUCUUGGUCAUUGGAUAUUCCUUCGGAUCGCUGUUAGCACUAGAAAUUGUAAAGCGCCUAGAGGCACGAUCACUUCACGGAAAGGUGAUGUUAAUCGAUGGGUCCCCGUUGUACCUGCAGCGUUUCGCCAGCCACCAUUUAUCGGGCUUCGACGACGAGCACUUACAAAUGGCAAUCCUCACGCUCGUGCUUUCGUUUGUGCUUCCCACAGCAACCCAGGAUAUUAUAAAGUCUAUCAUGGAUAAUUCAACGUACCUCGAACGUGUAGAGAAGCUAAUGGAUGUCGCACGCGAGUCUAAUUCAUUCUCGGAAGAGUAUGCCCGUAAAAUGAUGCGAGCACUGUUUUACCGACUAAAGGCAGCAAUGAACAUGAGCACGGAAGCGAAGGAAAAGAUCGCCUCGCCACUUGUUCUUGUACGGUCAGCAGCGAUCGGUGACGUCGAGGAGGAUUACGGUCUCAGUGAGUUUACCAUCGCGUCCUUGAUAGUGAAAAUUAUCGAUGGUACACAUCAAACCAUGCUCGCCAACCCUGAACUCAUUGAGAUCAUCAACAAGGACACACUGUAA